CUUAAGCUGUUACUUGAGUGCAGUGACAUCCCUAUAUUAGGUAUCUGCCUGGGGCACCAGGCUUUAGGAUAUGUAUAUGGCGCCCAAGUUACUCAUGCAUCUGAACCCGUCCAUGGGCGAUUAAGUGAAGUUGAGCACAACGGAUGUAGAUUGUUCCAUAAUGUUCCUACAGGCAGAAAUUCAGGAUUUAAGGUGGUUCGAUACCAUUCCCUUGUCAUAGAUGAGGAAUCACUUCCGAAGGAGCUCAUACCUAUAGCGUGGACUUCUUCCACUGACACACUUCCAUUCCUUGGAAGUCGAAAGUAUGAUGCUAAUUGUGAUGCCUAUGGAAGUCCUCUAAAUGAGCAAAUUUGUGUUAAUUCUCCCUCAAGGAAGUCAAAAAAUGGAAGGCCUUGGUCUUUUGGUGAUCUUAAAGCACGGAGUACGAAAGUCCUUAUGGGCAUUAUGCACUCAGCCAAACCUCACUAUGGUUUGCAAUUUCAUCCUGAGAGUGUUGCAACUUGUCAUGGGAGGCAAAUAUUCAAGAAUUUUAGAGAAAUUACUGAGGACUAUUGGUUCCGGAUGAGACAAACCUCCAAUAGUGAUAGAAAAGUUCGUCAUGCUGCAUGCAUGCAGGUAGGUCAUGCAAGCCAGCUGUUCAGAUACAGUCGCAAAAUCGGGCAGUUGGUGAAUAAUUUGGAUAAGGAGAAUCACAGCAGCUUGCACAAUCUAGCAACUUUAUCACAUGAGAGUAGUAAUUCUAAAUCUCUGAAGUUGAAAUGGAGGAAAUUUGAAAGGUUGGCAAGUCAAGUUGGUGGAGCGAGGAAUAUCUUUUGUGAACUGUUCGGUGAUCGGAAGGCUAAUAACACCUUUUGGUUGGAUAGUUCCUCUAUAGACAAGAAAAGAGCACGGUUUUCAUUUAUGGGAGGUAAAGGUGGUUCUCUCUGGAGGCAAAUCACAUUCAGACUGUCAGAUCAAAGCAAGGCCACAUGUGGAGGUGGUGGGGGCUAUCUGUUUACUGAAGAUGCUCAGGGAAAUACCUGUAGCUCGUAUUUAGAAGAUGGUUUCUUGGAUUUUCUAGAUAAGGAGCUCCAGUCUUUUUCUUAUGAACAGAAGGAUUUUCAAGGGCUGCCAUUUGAUUUCCAUGGUGGAUAUGUUGGUUACAUAGGGUAUGACCUCAAAGUUGAGUGUGGGAUGGCUUCUAACCGUCAUAAAUCAAGGACACCAGAUGCUUGUUUCUUCUUUUCAGACAAUUUUAUAGUGAUAGAUCACUUUAAUGAUGAUGUUUAUAUUAUGUCUGUUCAUGAUAAAGGGACACCUCAGACAGCAUGGUUAGAUCUUGUAGAGCAGAAGCUUUUUAGCUUGAAGGCUUCAGUUACAAGGAAGUCAGUGUCUCAGAAUCCACAGCUGGUUGCAAAUUCCUUGUUGGAAGAGAGCUUCCUUGGUGAGAAAUCUAGAGAGCAUUAUAUCAAAGAUGUUGAGAGAUGUCAGAAGUUCAUUAAGGAUGGGGAAAGCUACGAGUUGUGUCUUACAACUCAGAUGAGAAAGAGAAUAGGAGAAAUAUACUCCUUGGGACUUUACCUUAAGCUCAGAGAAAGGAAUCCAGCACCAUAUGCUGCUUGGCUUAAUUUUUCAUCAGAAGACCUGUGCAUCUGCUGUUCUUCCCCCGAGAGAUUUUUACAAUUGGAUAGAAAUGGUCUUCUGGAAGCCAAACCCAUCAAGGGUACUAUAGCUCGAGGUUCAACACCUGAGGAAGAUGAACUGCUCAAAUUACAACUACAGUGCAGUGAAAAGGAUCAGGCUGAAAAUUUAAUGAUUGUUGACCUUCUGAGGAAUGACCUUGGUCGCGUCUGUGAGCCCGGCUCCGUUCACGUCCCCCAUCUUAUGGAGGUGGAAUCAUAUGCAACAGUGCACACCAUGGUGAGUACAAUCCGAGGAAAAAAGAGACUGAAUGAGAGUGCUGUUGAUUGUGUUAGAGCAGCAUUCCCAGGCGGUUCGAUGACAGGGGCGCCAAAGUUGAGAUCAAUGGAACUCCUUGAUUCUCUUGAAAGUUGUUCAAGAGGCAUAUACUCUGGCUGCAUUGGAUUCUUCUCAUGUAACCAAACAUUUGAUCUUAACAUUGUGAUCAGAACGGUUGUUAUCCAUGAAGGUGAAGCUUCCAUAGGAGCAGGAGGUGCCGUUGUAGCUCUUUCAGAUCCCGAAGAGGAGUACAAUGAAAUGAUCCUGAAAACGCAAGCCCCAGUUAAUACUGUCACGGAGUAUCUGCGCGAAUUGCCCGCAGAACAGUAGGUGUUAUUUGAUCAUUCUUUCCUUUUAUUAAGAUUCUUUGUUCAAUCUUCAUGGUCUGCUGAGAUGCUGAAACUCGAAACAGUGGAAGUCCAUAAUGGCCAGCAGAGAACUGCCGCUUAUAUUGUAACUUAACCUUGGAAUUUCUUAUAGGCCCGAUGAUUUAUUUGUACUUCUGAAAUGAUCUUGUAUCCUAGUAGUAAAACCUGUUCGGAUUGAGUGCUUUGACUUUGCAUUUUGUGCAAUAUAUUAACUGGAGGGAAUAUAUAUGAAGCUCUCUUAGAUUGGAAACAGAGAGUACACCAAUUAUUGUGAAGAUUAGAAAUGACCUUGUAUCCUUCGUACUGUAUUAAGAAUUUUUAUGGAUUGGUAUUACUUUUUUCA